AGCAUUAAAAAAAGUAUUGAUGAGCAGCAAAACGCAAAUAUAGCACAACUUAAAAAAAAUCAACUUGCUCUUACUCAAGGUUUUGAACAGUUUAAUCGGUUAGCUGAUAUGAGAGAAUUACCAUAUGUUGGAGAAGAUUUGGGUGAUUAUGAUAAUGUAACAGGUUGGAAUGAAAAUUGGGUACCACAACCCAGUCCUCCAGAGGAUAGAUAUUUAGAUUUAGAAAAAAACUUUGACGGUAAUGAUCUAGGUAUAUUAAGAGAAUAUGGAUAUCCAAGACCAAAUGAUUUUUUUGAAAUUAAUCCUAAAGAUUUAGAUCUAACUUUAGAAGAAUUAAAAGGUAAUAUAAAACAACUAACUGGUGAANAUUUCCUCAAUUAAUAGGGAAAAAAGAGGAACAAGCAAACCUGGUGAUUUUACUAUUAAGUUUAAUCCAUCUCUAAAACUUGACCCUGAAAAGAAACAUCAACUUGCUCUUGAUCGGUUGUCCAUGACUUAUUCUUGGUACAACAUUAGAAGUGAUUAUGACAACAAUAAAAUCAAAUAUACUCACGAUGGUACCACCUGGCAAACAAUUACUUUUACAGAUGGAAUGUACUCCUACUCAGAUAUCAAUGAUUACAUUCAUCAAUAUAUGACACAAAAGACUCAUCAUUCAACAGAUUCAAGUGGAAAAAAGACUUAUUCAAUCAAUCUAACUUUUAUUCUCUCUACAUAUCGAGUGUUAGUAUCACUUGAUGGUAGUUACCAACUUGAUCUAAGAGGAACAGAUUUUGGAGACCUAAUUGGAUUUGAAAAGAAACUUGUUACUAAAACAGAGUAUGGCACAAAACUACCAAAUAUAACAAACUCGAUUGAUGUAUUGAAUAUUAACACAACCGCAAUAACUAAUAGCAUUGUAAAUGGAAUAAAUACAAAUACCAUUGCUGUAAUACCAACAGAUAAUCUCACAAGGUCUUAUCCAUUUACAUUUGAACCUAAAAGACCAUUGUAUUGUGAUGUCUCUUCAUUUCACAUUGAUGAAAUGAGAAUUUAUGUUACAGACUCACUUGGAAGACCAGUAAAUUUUAAUGGUAUAGAUUGGUUUAUGACUUUGAUACUCCACUCAAUGUAA